UGUCCAUCAAAAUGUCAUAACGUGCAUUCGCCAAUGCGCUCACUAGCAUCCAAAUAAGGCCUCCGCCCUCUUCUCCAAUCGCUUGAAAAAAAAUCGAUUGACAGUAACAGAUGCCAUGUUGCAAUAGUUUACCUUAACGAAGUUGGAAGAAUAAGCCAAGGCAUGCCGCUUGCUCGCAGCCUGUCCGUCACCUCGCUCUCGGGGCUGGAGGAGUGGGAUGAAGAGUUCGACCUGGAAGAUGCCGUUCUGUUCGAGAUCGCAUGGGAGGUGGCCAACAAAGUGGGUGGGAUCUACACAGUGAUCCAGACCAAAGCCCGCCUGACCUCAGAGGAGUGGGGGGAGAACUACUUCCUGGUGGGGCCGUACACCGAGAGCAACGUCCGCACGCAGGUGGAGCUGAUCGAACCCACCAACCCGGCACUCAAGAGAACCAUAGACAAGAUGAACGCCAGCGGGUGUAAGGUGUGCUUUGGGCGCUGGCUGAUCGAGGGGAGCCCCUAUGUGGUGCUGAUAGAUGUGGCCUUCACCGCCUGGUCUCUGGACCGCUGGAAGCUGGAGCUGUGGGAGAACUGUGCCAUCGGAGUGCCCUGGUUCGACCGGGAGGCCAACGAUGCAGUGCUGUUUGGCUUCCUGACGGCCUGGCUGCUGGGAGAGUAUGCGGCGCAGUGUGAUGACCCCCCACACAUCCUGGCUCAUUUCCAUGAGUGGCUGGCUGGGCUGGGCCUGGUGUUGUGUCGACAGAGACAGCUACCGGUGGCAACCAUAUUCACCACUCAUGCUACUCUUUUGGGACGCUAUCUGUGUGCAGGAAGUGUGGACUUCUACAACAACCUUGCUGAGUUUAAUGUAGACAAGGAGGCGGGUGAUAGACAGAUCUACCACCGCUACUGUAUCGAGCGAUCUGCAGCGCGCUGCGCCCAUGUCUUCACCACCGUCUCCCAGAUCACAGCCAUCGAGGCAGAGCACCUGCUGAAACGGAAACCAGACAUUAUUACUCCAAAUGGGUUGAAUGUGAAGAAGUUCUCGGCCAUGCAUGAGUUCCAGAACCUGCAUGCUCAGAGCAAGAACCGCAUUCAGGAGUUCAUCAGAGGACAUUUCUAUGGACACCUGGACUUCAACCUAGACAAGUCUUUGUUCCUCUUCAUCGCUGGAAGAUAUGAGUUCUCUAACAAAGGAGCUGACAUCUUCCUGGAGGCUCUAGCCAGACUCAACUAUCUUCUGAGAGUCAACCAUAGUGACGUGACUGUCAUCGUAUUCUUUAUCAUGCCUGCACGGACCAACAACUUCAACGUGGAGACUUUGAAAGGCCAGGCUGUAAGAAAGCAGCUGUGGGAUACAGCUCAGACCGUGAAAGAACGAUUCGGAAAGAAACUUUACGAAUCACUGCUGGUUGGCCAGCUACCAGAUGUGUCAAAGAUGCUGGAAAAAGACGAUUUCACCAUGAUGAAACGAGCCAUCUUUGCCACCCAGAGGCAGUGCCAGCCACCCAUCUGCACUCACAACAUGCUAGAGGACAGUAAUGACCCCAUCCUCACCUGCAUCCGACGCAUCGGCUUGUUCAACAGCUCUGCGGACCGCGUCAAGGUGAUUUUUCAUCCAGAGUUUCUGUCCUCCACGUCUCCUCUCCUGCCCAUGGACUAUGAGGAGUUUGUGAGGGGCUGCCACCUGGGGGUGUUCCCCUCCUACUAUGAGCCCUGGGGUUAUACACCAGCUGAGUGCACAGUCAUGGGAAUCCCCUCCAUCUCUACUAAUCUAUCAGGCUUCGGGUGUUUCAUGGAGGAACAUAUAGCCGACCCCUCGGCAUACGGAAUCUACAUACUGGACAGAAGGUAUCGGGGGGUUGACGAGUCGUGUAACCAGCUAACGUCGUUCCUGUUCCAGUUCUGCCAGCAGAGUCGCCGGCAACGCAUCAUCCAAAGGAACCGCACAGAGCGUCUGAGCGACCUUCUAGACUGGAGAUACCUGGGGAGGUAUUACAUAUCUGCUCGUCACAUGGCGCUGGCUAAAGCUUUCCCUGACACCUACCUGUACGAACCUCAUGAUCCCACCUCUACUUCAGGCUUUCGCUACCCCCGGCCUGCCUCUGUGCCUCCAUCCCCUGCCCUGUCACGCCACUCCUCCCCGCACCACAGCGAGGCAGAAGACAACGAUGAAGAUGAGCGCUAUGACGAAGACCUGGAGGCGGAGAAAGACCGCCUGAAUAUCCGCCAGCCCUUCUCCCUGCCUUUUAAAAACAAGCCCACUCAGCCUUUCUCUUUGCCUGGGGCCGCUGGUGACUCUGCUGGUGACGGUGUCAGCAGAGAGAAAGACUGAGUCACAUUCACACACACACACACAUGCUUACUCACAACCGCACUAGUAAAGCUUUUCCACAGUGAUCUAUCCAGACUCUCCAUUAUCACAUUCUCUACUUACAAAUCUGUGUAGGAAAAUACAAACUUGAAAUGUUAUGACUUCAGAUGGAAAGUCUACUGUAUUUAACAAUGAUACUGCACCUCAAGUGUACAAACACAGUAUAACGAUCUUCCAAACAUAGGAAUACAACUACUAUUUAAAAAUUCUACCAACCAAUUCAGGCAGUUACCCCAGGAACUAGAUAGGGCCAACCAAUCAAUUGGGGGGUGAGGUUGUUAUUAAAACCCCUGUGCUAAGUAAAGCUAAUAACACUGCUAGCAAUGUUAAUAAUAGUAAGGUCAUAUCAAAAAAGCAAACACAAAGUAUUAACCGAUUAGGUCUAACUUUUCUAACAAGGGCACCAACAUACAUACUUUGUUUGACACUCUUCUAAACAGAGAAAUCCAGUAACAGUAGUACUCUGGGAACGCUCCUCUUACACUCCCAGACUCUCCUGCCUCCUGUUGGAGCUCAGGAUUUAUAUGUCUGUUUUUCCUUCAUGCUGUAUUUCAGCUGACUCUUGUGUCUUUCUGUGUGUGUGUGUGUGUGUGUGUGUGAGAGAAUGUUUUCUUGUGUUUGUUUCAGUAUUAAUGUGUGAGGAACAUCUAGUUCUGCACUCGUCUGUCCCCACCUGUAGAAGCUGAGAGAGCAUGCUCUGUGGUGUUGGUUAAUUCAGAACUCAAAUAAGAGAUUAUAAAACGAAUUUAUCAGGAUUUAUACAUCUUCUCUGUGUUCUAGUCAUGCAAGAGGUAUGGAAAAUAAAGAAUAUAUAUGAAUUAGUAAAAACUA